UUGGUUGGAUGACGGGUUGUAGAGUCCGGCAAAGUGUCGAACUGGGGACUGAAGUGAAGAGGAAGUACUUUUUAAAUUGUAAAUAUAGAAAAUGAUACUUUAACUUUGUGCAGCGGAGCAGAGGGAGAAGUCUGCCAUGCCAGCCCAGCCCCCUGAGAGGGAGCCGGAGGAGGAGAUGGAGGCGGAAGGAGAGUCACAACUCCCUGAGGCCAACGGAGAGGUGGAGCGCCCACGAGAGGACGGAAGAGGAGGUGGAGACGGAGAGGAGACCAUGGAGGAGAGCGCCGAGGACAGGGACAGCGACUUGGAGGAUAGUGAGGAAGAGGAAGAAGAGGAGGAAGAGGAGAGUUCAGAGAUGGACGAUGAAGACUGUGAGCGGAGGAGAGGAGAAUGUCUAGAUGAGAUGAUGGAUCUGGAAAAGCAAUUUCAGGAGCUAAAGGAUAAGUUGUUUCGAGAGCGGCAGAAUCAGAUUAAGGUGAAGCUGGACGAGGUGCUGACAGGAAAGGCUGGAGAAUACCGAGAACCUCUGGUAGCUCUGCAGGAGAGCAUGCGGAUACGAACGCAAGUGGCCGGAGUGUACAGAGAGCUGUGUUUGCAAGUGAUCAAACACAAGUACGAGUGUGAACUACAAGGAGCAAAUCAGCACCUGGAGAGUGAGCGGUCGCUGCUGUUAGAUGCCAUGAAGUCUGAACUGCUGGAGAAGAUCAGAAGACUGGAGGAGGACAGACAGAAUACAGACCUCACCUCAGAGUGGAGUGAUGAGACGAGGGGCAAGAAGUGUAAAAGAAAGAACCUGCUGGGCCGGUCGGAGCGGAAAAAGAAAGUGGCUCUGGUUUCAGGGCCUUUCAUCGUCUACAUGUUGAGGGAAAUCGACAUCCUUGAAGACUGGAAUGCUAUCAAGAAGGCAAAGGCAGCACUGACACCACUAAAAAUGAAAUUAGAAAAGCGGUGAUGAAGGAGGAUCGAAUUGAAGACCCGGGCAAAGAAACCAAACUACACACACACACACACACACACACGCACACACACACACACACACACACACACACUCAGUGACUUCCACUAAUUGUUACAGUUUUGUCUCAUUAAGACCCAGAAGAUUGUUGUGUUGUUUAAUCCGUGUCUUUGAACCCACUGACCAACCACCGACUAAUUGUUUUUAUCUAUUGCUAUUUAAAAUAAAUUCUUAAUGUUAUGAAAACCAUGUAUUUAUAGAACGAUUUAUAAUGGUGAUUAAAAUUGUAAUCUUUUGUGACACAAA